UUUGCCAUCAUCCUCCUGUCCAUCCAUCCCACACUAACUGAAGUGGUGACUUCAAUGGCUGACUGUCGUGGGUUUCUUCUUGAGGAAAAAACACCAAAUGUCCCCGACGUCUUGGAGAACGGGAGGAUCAUGGACCAGAACCGAUAUGAAGUAAUUUGCCAAACCUUCGAGAACAAGAGUCGGUUUGUGACGCUCUAUGACACCAGCAACAGGAUACCAGUGUUUUCUGCUUUCAAGUACAGAGGGACAGAUGGAACAAAGAGUAAUAGAUCACGUGAUUGGAAGAUGGAGCCACAGCUCGAGUGGAAGGCAAACCCCAUCAACAUGAGGAACGAUGCAAACCAAAACCAAAACCAAAAACAGGCCAGAAACUCUGAUUAUUCCUCCAAACUCCAAAAUAAGUAUAAUAGGGGCCAUUUAUUUCCAAACAGUUAUGGAUUUGAUAAAGAAGACAGAAACUCCACAUUCACUUUGACAAACAUUGUUCCACAAGUGAAGACUUUCAAUGGUGGCAGCUGGAAAAGAAUGGAAGAAUGUGUCAAAUGCAUCCUGAACAAAUACUGCAUCAACAAUAAUAAUCUCCUCGUAGGCUUUGUAGUGACCGGGGCAAAGCCUGGCAACAACAUGCAACUAAACAACAGGGUCAAUAUACCAUCCCUUCUCUGGUCAGCAUUCUGCUGUUACAAUCACGGAAUGGAGAAGUAUGUGGCGGCUGCAUACUGGGGCGAUAAUGUUCAUGAAGAACUUAAAUUAAAAAAAACACUUGAGCAAAAGACUUUGGCCGAACUUCAUGAACAUCUGGGAUUUGAGGUGUUUCCUGGAACACAGUGUCCUCUUGAUAAACAUGCCCUACAAGAGGAACAAAGUACAAGAAGGAGAAGAGGUAUUUCUGCUUCUUCUUCUUUUUGCCAAUGUCCUCCCCAAACUUCAACCACAUCUGCCCCUCCCACUACCACACCUAGCUUUCCCUCUUCCAGCGUCUCUACCACCUUGAGCACCACUUUAUCUACAACUACAGACAAAACAACAACAGUCCCUACAACCACAAUAACAACCACCACCACAACAAAGACAACAACAACAACAACUACAAAGAAAAAGAAAGAUAAUCCUGAUGAUAACAAGGGUGGUGAAGGAGGAGAUGGUGGAGGAGGAGGUGCUUUAGGAGAUGCUUUCGGUGCUUUAGGAGGUGUUUUAGGUGCUUUAGGAGGAGCUUUAGGAGGUGUUUUAGGAGGUGUUUUAGGUGCUUUAGGAGGAGCUUUAGGAGGUGUUUUAGGUGCUUUAGGAGGAGCUUUAGGAGGUGGAGGAGGAGGUGGUAAUUUGCAUACAACAGUUCCUGCUACGUCUCAAAAUGCCACUACAUCUGGCCAUGUAGCUACCACAACAAGAAUUCCUUUAACUACUGUUUUCCCCAGUUUUGCCACUAAACCAACAACUACAGAAACACCAACCGGAACAACUUCCCAAAUCACAACUAACUCCACCACUACAACAUCUACCCAAACUAUUCCUGCAACUUCCAAACCCCAAACUAAUUCCACCACUACAACAUCAACCCCAACUAUUCCUGCAACUUCCAAACCCCAAACUAAUUCCACCACUACGACAUCAACCGCAACUAUUCCUGCAACUUCCAAACCCCAAACUAAUUCCACCACUACGACAUCAACCGCAACUAUUCCUGCAACUUCCAAACCCCAAACUAAUUCCACCACUACAACAUCAACCCCAACUAUUCCUGCAACUUCCAAACCCCAAACUAAUUCCACCACUACGACAUCAACCCAAACUAUUCCUGCUACUUCCAAACCCCAAACUAAUUCCACCACUACAACAUCAACCCCAACUAUUCCUGCAACUUCCAAACCCCAAACUAAUUCCACCACUACGACAUCAACCGCAACUAUUCCUGCAACUACUGAACCCCAAUAUAACUCCACCAUUAUGACAUCAACACCAACUAUUCCUGCAAGUUCCGAACCCAAAACUAACUCCACCAACCAGACCUCAACGGCCUUCAUUCCUGCAACCACUGAAUCCCAAACCAACCCAACCAACCCUACCCCAACUAUUCCUGCUACUUCCGAACCCCAAUCUAAUUCCACCACUACAACAUCAACACGAACUAUUCCUGCAAGUUCCGAACCCAAAACUAACUCCAGCAACCCAACCCCAACUAUUCCUGCUACUUCCGAACCCCAAAAGAACUCAACCAACCAGACCUCAACAGCUUUCACUCCUGAAACUACUGAACCCCAAACCAAUACAACCAACCCUACGCCAACUUUUCCUGCUACUUCUGAACCCAAAACUAACUCCACCACUACAACAUCAACGCCAUUCACUCCUACAACUUCCAAACCCCAAACCAACACACCCAACCGGACACCAAUGGCCUUCAUUCCUGAAACUUUCGAAUCCGAAAAUAACUCUACCAAUCCAACAUCAACACCAUUCACUCCUCCAACUUCCAAACCCCAAACAAACUCCACCAAUCCAACACCAACCCCUACCAUUCGUGACAUUUCCGAACUCCAAACCAAGUCAUCAGCUACUUCUUUAACCUCUUGUCUGAUAUGUUUGUAUAUUUUUUGUUUACUGUUUGGCUAAUACCCGAUUUGCAGCUAGGCUAGUACAAUCCUACUGGACGAUACCAAUGGCAAGUGCCAUUGAGCUUUAAAAUAUCCAUU